AUGCAUACACUUGACAAGUCGCAACUCAAGGGAUUGAAGACUGACUUCCAGCGCAUGACCAUUGACAGAAAAGAUCCGGACCGCAAGCCUUCCUUCUUCGCGUCAUACUCCAGCCUCCCGGAGCCCGAUUAUAGCAUUAUUAGUCAAGUCCGCUCAAGUCUAGAACGCGAGGACACCUGUUUUACGCGCCCUGCUAACCGUGCACGCCAGGUUGCAGGCUGCUGGUCGUAUUAUAUUCCCUACGAGGCGAAUUGUAACCCAGGAGAGGUCUUGUGGCCUUCGAAAGAACCUUACAAGGAUAUGUAUCAGAAUGAACAGCCUGAAUUUGGAACGUUUAAGAUGACAGAUAUUCCUGGAAAAGGUUUCCCACGCGCCAAGGCUGAGAUUUAUACCAAUUUGAACACAAAUUAUGGGGAAAUUCUUUGUGGUGAGCUCUUGACUAUUCUCCGCCUGAUGCUGGGCCAGCUGAGCAAGGCACGCCUCCUUCAGCAUAUGAAAGCACCGAUAAUUCUUUCGUUUAUGGGCAAACGUGCCCGCACUUUUGAGUCCUAUUUUGAUGGUCAAGCCCUCGUCCUACGUACUACUAAACUCUACAAUUUCCCCGAGGAAACAUCUAUCGUAUUCAAUAUUCUUACAGAGUGCUAUCUCAGCUCUCCGGCAGGGAAUGCAUUCUAG